AUGGCGUCCGUACCCAUUUCCCCUUCCUACCUCCUCUUCUUCUUCCUCUUGCUCAGCCCUGCAUUUUCCCUGCAGCAAGCAUCCAAGUCCAGAAAAGAGCGAGCAGGAUCAGGAGAAGCCGGAAGCAGCGGAGGAGGAGGAGAAUCAUCAUUGGCGGCGGCGGUGGUUCCACAACUCGACUGCUCGGGCCGUUGGAUCCACAUCCGGCGUCUCCCGGCGAGGUUCAACCUCGAUCUCCUCACGAAUUGCUCCGAGUACGACCUCUUCUACGAUUUCUGCCCUUACCUCUCCAAUCACGGCCUCGGACCCAAGACCCACAACCGCUCCCACUCAUGGUACCGAACCGACCCUUUCCUUCUCGAGCUCAUCUUCCAUCGACGGAUGCUCGAAUACCCCUGUUUGACCCAAGAUCCGAACCAGGCCGCCGCCGUCUACCUCCCGUACUACGCCGCCAUCGACUCCCUCCGCUACCUCUACGGCCCGGAGGUGAACAACAGCAUGGAUCACGGCCUGGAGCUCUUCGAGUUCCUGCAGGAAAACGACGGGUGGAUUUGGGGGCGGAAUUCCGGGUCGGAUCAUUUCCUGGUUCUCGCCCGACCCGCCUGGGACUUCUCCCAGCCGCCAGAUCUCGACCCGCCGAUUUGGGGGACUUCGUUUUUGGAACUCCCGGAAUUCUACAAUCUCACGGCGCUUGUCGUUGAAGAGAGGUUAUGGCCGUGGCAGGAGCAAGCCAUUCCCUAUCUGACGUCGUUUCACCCGCCGAAUGCCGAGCUCCUGGAUUCGUGGAUCAAUCGGGUCGAGGCGUCCCGGAGAACUACAUUGAUGCUGUUCGCCGGCGGCGGAGGGGUGUCGGCGCAGCCCAAUAUCCGGCGGAGCAUUAGGAAUGAGUGCGAGAACACGAGCGAUACGUUUGAGAGCAAUGGCGGGUGGUAUUAUUACUCCAAAGUGUGCGACAUUGUCGAUUGCGCCAAUGGGAAAUGCGAGCACGACCCGAUUUUGUACAUGAGGCCCAUGUUGCAGUCGACAUUCUGCCUCCAGCCUCCCGGGGACACUCCGACGAGGAGGUCCACGUUCGAUGCGAUCAUUGCCGGCUGCAUACCGGUGUUCUUCGAGGAUCAAUCCGCGAGAACGCAGUACAGGUGGCACUUGCCGGAGGAAGCUUAUGGGGAGUUUGCAGUCCACAUUCCGAAGGAGGAUGUGGUUUACAAUGGAAUGAAGAUUUUGGACGUGCUGAUGGGGAUUUCGAGGGCUCGGGUUAGGAGGAUGAGGCAGAAGGUUAUCGAGUUGAUCCCGAGAGUUGUUUACAGGAAACAUGGGAGUAGUUCUUCUGUAGGAUGGAAAGGGCAAAAGGAUGCACUUGAUAUUGCCAUUGAUGGAGCUCUCGAGAAGAUCAGGUCCAGGAUCAAAGGUGAAGAAGCAGAAGUAGGAGUAGAAGACCUUUCUUCUAUGUGA